AUGCCCCGCUUUAAUCGUCGGGAGCAGCUCCCGCUCCAUAUCAAGUGCGCUAUUUGCGCGCACCACGUCGACAACCCCCGCCUGCAUCAUGUUGACCUGGCGAGGUGGUGUUACUCGCAGUACGGAUUGCGCCCGGAUCGCUCCACUGUUGGCCGCAUAUUGAAGAGCGCCGAGCGAUGGGCUGUCACGGCAACCGGCAACAACCAAGUGUGCCGUCGAGGUGGCGCAUGGCCUGAGCUGGAGCAGGCCAUGGCGCGGUGGAUCGCAAACGCAGGGCCCGCUGGCGUGCCUCUGACGCUGCAGACCAUCCGCGACCAUGUUGCGACGAUGGCACGGAACAUGGGCAUUCCGCCCACAUUCCGCUACUCCAUCGGCUGGGUGCGCCGUGCUUUGAGGCGCCAGGGAAUGAGGUGCCGUGCAGCACAAGGCGAGGCGGCUAGCGCGGACAUGGCCGCCGUGCGCCACGCACGUGAGAAGCUGCCGCAACUCCUCACGCAUCUCGGUGUCACCCCGCGGGACACUUUCAACCUCGAUGAGACGGCGCUCUGGCUGUCAGUCCUCCCUCGGCGCACUUACAGCAACGGCCGCAUUCCCGGCCGCAAAGUAUCGAAGGAGCGGCUCACCGUGGCAUUCCUCGUCAAUGCUGACGGGAGCCACGUAUUCCGACCGCUCGUGAUCAGUAAGGCGAAGCGGCCGCGUGACUUCCGCCCGGAUUAUGACCCUGAAUCCCUUUGCUACUGGCGGCACAACGCGAAAGGCUGGAUGACCUCGCCGUUGUUCACACAUUUCAUAUCGCAGCUCAAUGCUGCGAUGUACGCCGAAGGUCGCAAGAUCGUGGUGCUGCUCGACAACGCGAGCAGCCACAUGCUCCGCUCUGAGCUCUCAUGGAGCGAGAUCAUCUGCGGGAUGCGGACGACCUGCAUGAGCAACGUGCGGCUCGUCUUCCUGUCGCCGAAUACCACCGCAUUCACACAGCCGCUCGAUCAAGGCAUCAUAGCCACCGCAAAGGCCCGCUACCGACAGCAUUGGCUGCGAUAUGUCUUGGCUUUGUGGAACGGCGACGGCGCGACUUCCGCCGUCGCGCGUUUCUGCCCGAAAUUGCGCGAUGUCCUCGCGUGGCUGUCGAACGCGUGGACCUCCGUCGGCGCGCGCACCAUUCAACGGUGCUGGUGGCGCACGGGGUGUCUGCCGCUCUCGUGGUUCUUGGAGCUGACGAAUGUACACGACGAUGAGCCCACCCCCGCCGCCUACCCCGACAUCGAGCUCGACGAAGACAUCGACGAUGUCGGGACGCUCAUCAGCGGGCUCGCUACUGUUGUUGUGCAUGCUUGUUUCGGUACUGUAGCGUUCGUUUAG